ACCGAGUAGUGGCAUAGAAAUUUGCUUCUGGAGAGAUUUCAAAACUGUGGCUCUGGAACCAAACGCAUGGAGACAAAAUUGGAAUUGGACGGGAACUCUUCAAGUAGCCAAGUUGAUGCUGAAGUUCAUGAUGAUGAUGGUGCAGCCCCUGAACAAACAACAAUGGAAAAACUGCAAGAGAAUGAUGGCAAUGGCAUGCAGGGAGACACCAAAGAACAAAGCAUCAUGGCACCUAAUUGGAAAAGGGAAUUCCACGAUGAUUGGCAUAGAAAUGCGGUUCUGAAAAGAUUACGUAUGAGAGGCUCUCUACCGAAGCGCAGAAGGUUUCUCCAUGCAAUUGGCGUGAGAAUAAGGAAGUUAUGCUCAAAGUGAUGAAUGACCACCCUGAGAAGGAUGAUUGUAUUUAUACUCCGUAUCUAUCUAUUUUCGCCUUAACCAAAUGAAUGUCAAGGACGUGUAUUGAUGCAAUGACCUUCCCUUUUUUAAAGUGUUUUGAAAAAUUACAACAACAACAACCCAGUUGAAUCCCACUACAGUAGGGUC